AUGGCUUCCAAACCUGCUUCUACAGACUCGAAACUAAAAGUUUCCUCUAAGCGUGAGCUUAUAACUAACUAUCUUGUCAUUUACAAUGCCGUCUCGGCUUUUUUCUGGGCCGCCGUGCUACUCCGUUUCCUGGUACUCUUCCCUCUCGUCGGCACCAAGUUUGUAAGUGGUGGUCUUAAUGAUUUCCUGCGCUGGGUUCAGACUCUUAUGAUUCUUGAAGUUUUCCAUUCUCUUUUUGGUCUUGUUCGUUCUCCUGUUGUCACUACUGUUAUGCAAAUCUCUUCUCGCUUGCUUGUCGUCUGGGGUGUUCUUUAUCCCUUCCCCGAUGUAGGACAACACCCAGCUUUCUCUACAUGCACCAUUGCAUGGUGCAUAACUGAAAUUAUUAGAUAUACCUUUUACGUUUAUACUCUGCUUAGACCAGGUCCUGGUGGCGUCCCUCGAUGGUUGGUUUGGCUCAGAUACUCUGCAUUUUAUGUUCUUUACCCUCUUGGCGCAGGCAGUGAGUGGGUUCUUAUUCUUGUCAGCUUGCCAGAUGCCGAACAAUUUUCAACCUGGUACGCACUCCUUCUUAAGGCUUCACUUCUCAUCUACAUUCCUGGCUUUUAUGUUAUGUUUACUCAUGUUGUCAAGCAGCGCAAGAAGGUCCUUGGUCGCGCUCCAAUUCCUAAAAUCAAGAAGAAUGCUUAA